AUGCCUCUCUGGAUACACUCGCAGCGAGCCCUCAACACUCGCAGCAACCUGCCCAAACCAGUAGUUUCGCCCAAUUCUUCGCCACCGUCGCUUUCCCCAUCUUCACUGGACAACUUCCUCGUCGGCAAAGCCCUAUCAAUACUCAAGCUUUACAAUCUGUCGCCGCUCGAUCCUCUGUUAAUUUCGUUUACCCCACAAUCCGUCCCAUUUUUUCCAAACGAUAAUAAGGGAGAUUUGGUCUUUUCCUGUCUAAGAGACACUUACCAAGCGUUUGGCUCUAGCUUCGCCGUCUUUGAUUUGCAGACUCUCAUCACAUCCAAAUCCGCCAAUGUGUCUUUGUGGAUUAUGGCCACUGUUGAUGUGAUCAAUUGUUGCCUAGAUACAAUCAGACAAUUGUCGGAGAACAUCGAAGAUGCAAUUGUAUACUUGGAUGCUGGAAGUUCGGAGAGUUUCGAGUUUCUAGGAGCAUUCCCUUUGUUUCUGGAGCUUGGGGCCCGUGCUGUUUGUAGCUUGGAGAACAUUUCGACCCUGGAGAAGGUUGUUAGCUGGAAUCCCAAUUCUGAUCCAGCAAGGAAGAUUGUGGUUUUCACAUCACGUCUUGUCAGUGACGCACAUCGAUAUAUUUUGCGUUGUCUCAGCACACUGCAAACCGUCCACCAUUGUGCUGUAUACACGUCUGUCUCAGAGGUGGCUCACUCAUCAUUUCCUGAAUCUCCUCUGGGCCCAGAUGCUUUUCGUGAAUACGAAUCUUUGCUCAAGCAAGAUUAUGAGGAGCUUGUUAAGAAACAUGAAACUGAUGGUACAGUGUCAGGCAACGACUCUUUGAAGGAAAGUACGGCCUUUGAAGAUGAAGGGUGGUCCCACCUAACCUCCUUUGAAGAUGAUAUUUCCAGAUCUGAUGGCAUUUCAAGUAACAAACUACCAAAGGAAGACAACUUUACAGGCUACUCUGAAGAUGUGGGUGGAAAACUGUCGGUUUCAGUGCACCACUUUCCAUUGAUAUUGUGUCCUUUGUCACCCAGAGUUUUCGUCUUACCUUCAGAAGGAUAUAUUGCUGAAGCAAGCUUAUCUACUGAUCAUGAAAAUUCCGUUAGCUCUGGUUUGCCUCCGAUAAGUGCUGGGAAUCUUGUUAAUAUUGAGGAUAUCAGUCCUGGGGCAACUCUUACUGCUCAAUUUCUUUAUCAUUUGGCAUUGAAGAUGGAUCUAAAACUGGAAAUAUAUUCUCUGGGUAAUCUGUCAAAAAAUGUUGGAAAGCUUUUAACAGACAUGUCUAGUCUAUACGAUGUUGGUCGACGUAAAAAAACUGCAGGCCUACUGCUCAUUGACCGUACACUCGAUCUUCUUACUCCAUGCUGUCAUGGUGACUCACUUGUGGACCGGAUGUUUUCAUCCUUGCCUCGUAGGCGAAGGAUAACGUUCUCAAAUCAGAUGAAAGGUUCUCAAAGCCAACUAAAAAGUGGACUUGUUAAACUGGAGCGUGCUCCUCUUGCUGUACAGGUUCCACUAGGAAAGAUUAUUACUGAAAAAGAUUCAAAAUGCGAUUUUCAGCUGUUGGACAGCAUCGAAGCAUUUUUACAUGGCUGGAAUGCCAUUGAUUCCGAUGUUCAAAGUGUUGAGUUGAUGAAAUUCAGUAAGAAACUAAAUGAUGAAAAUUGGCCGCAUAAUCAGGGUGAACUUUUGCACGGUUCCUUUGUCUCUACAGAUAAUUUUCGCGGAGCACCUUACCUAGAAGCAAUACUUGAGCGUAGGACAAAAGAUGGGGUCAUGCUGAUGAAGAAAUGGCUUCAAGAAAGCUUGCGACAAGAGAAAAUAUCUUCGAAUGUGAAAAUCCGUCCUGGUUUCCCUUCUAAAUCUGACUUACAGUGCAUGGUCAAGGCGCUAUCCAAAAGUCAGUCCACUUUUAUCAAGAACAAAGGAAUAAUUCAGUUAGCAGCAGUCACUUUACAUGCUUUAGAUGAAUCACAUUCUGCAAACUGGGACGCAUUUAAUAGUGCCGAGAAGAUUCUACAUGUAAAUGCUGCAGACACGAGCCAGAGCCUGGCGGCUCAAAUCAGUGACCUCAUCAAUAAAACCUCUCUUGCGGCUUCACAAAAUAAAGUGGAGAAAUCACAGGGACUGUUCUCUCUCGAAGAUGCUCUGCUUUUAACAAUUAUUGGGUAUCUGUUGGCUGGUGAGAAUUUCCCGACCUCUGGUUCUGGUGGUCCAUUCUCAUGGCAGGAGGAGCACUUCAUGAAAGAAGGUAUUGUGGACUCCGUCCUCGAGAACCCAGCUGCCUCGAAACUAAAGUUUCUUCAAGGUUUGUCUCAAGAGCUUGAAGACAGCUCAAAGAAACCAAAAUCUAAUGAAAAGAAACACGAUCCUUCUGAUCACUCGGACGGUGUGGAUUUUGAUGAUGAUCAAUGGGGUAAUUGGGGGGAUGAUAAUGAUGAUGGUGAUGAUAAGGAUACUGGCAAAGAGGAAGUGUAUGGAAACAUGCAGCUAAAGCUAGAGCUACGUGACAGGGUGGAUAAUCUUUUCAAAUUCCUUCAUAAACUCUCGAGCUUGAAAAGUAAGGCUUCACUACUGGCCUUGGAAAGUAGGCACAUUGACGAUCCCUUAUCAGGCAAAUGUUUUCUCUACAGAAUUCUGACGCGUAUUUUAGACAAAAAUGACAUUCCAGGGCUGGAGUAUCAUUCCUCCACAGUGGGCCGUCUUUUCAAAAGUGGUUUGGGAAGAUUUGGCCUUGGGCAGGUUAAACCUAGUCUUGUUGAGCAGAAUGUGAUCUUGGUUUUUGUAAUUGGAGGUAUCAACGCUGUGGAGGUACGAGAAGUCCAGGAAGCUUUGACUGGAAGCAGCAGGCCCGAUGUUGAAAUAAUACUCGGAGGAACUACUUUUCUCACUCCUGAUGACAUGCGUGAGUUACUUUUGGGUGAUUACUCUCAUAUUUAA